AUGCAAAUCGACCCACGGCAUCUGCCGUAUACUCGCAUCCUGGCUCCCAUCAAUACGGCCUCCCUUGUGAGUGGCUACUCCGACCUGCAAUGGGGGAUGCCGCCAUUGUCAGCUUAUACACCUUUUGAAUCUCUUCUCUUCUUCCAAUGCCUUGCGUCACUUAACUCCCGUCCUACAAACUUUGCUGCGAUCUCAGAUACUCUACGCAAAAACCAAUUCAUCAAGGAAGAUGAUGCCUUUGACACGAAUCGGUUAAGCCCGCAAGCUCUUGAGGACCUCUAUACAACGUUGUUGCAGGAAGGAAUACAAGAUACUUCGGAUAAGAAUGGUCAGGCGCAGGAUGGAGGCAACCCAAAAAAGCGCAAGAUUGUUAGCGGCACUGCUGCUACGCAGUCCCAGAUUGCGAUUAUUCCGGAGCUCGUGUCGCAGCUUUAUGCGCGAUACAAGGAUCGAGUGACGAAGGAAAUUCGAGAUGAAGAGAAGAGAUACAGAGAUAUAAGUCAGGAAAUUGAAAGGCUGCAGAAAGAUGCAUUGCGGGAAUUAGCGGUCCCUGCUCCGCCUGAGCAGAAAGCUCUAGCAGGCCCGACAGAGGCUGUUGCUGAGCAAGCCAGCGACAAAAUGGAUCUGGAUGUCAAGCAAGAUGCUAAAUUGGUGGAAACUUCUGCUCUAUCAGUUCCAAGAGUUCCUUCACAAGGCGUAGUCGAUGCACAAGCUCACCCUGCGGUACCUCCAGAGCAACAAGCGACACCUAUACCUCCUCCUGCAGCCACUCCUAUUCCAAAGCCGGAUCUUGCACCGCCUAUACCAGAUACGAGUAAGCAACAAGCAUCGCUGCCAGCCGCACUUGCGCCAAAAGAAGGUACACCACAGCAGCUACCACCACAGUCUCCACAGAUUUCCCAACCACAUCCACAGCAACUACCACCCGAGCAAGCGAUACCUGGAGGUCAAAUACCAGUCGCUUCGACACCUCCUGUCAAACCAGCAGUCAAUGGUAAACCUCCUACUCCAUUGGCUCCACAUCCACCGGUGAUUCCACAGCUAUCAUCCAACAUUCAAGUCAAAGUACCGCCGCCUCCUCAACCACAACGAUUACCGCCACAAGCUGCACCUCGUGGUGCGGCAGCUAACCGCAACCAACCAAACCUCCCUCCCGGCUCGACACUUGCUUUCCAGGCGCAACAGGGGACCAGUCUACCCGCGACACCGACAAGCCAACGACAGGUUCAACCAGUACCCGCCUUUGGUAGAGGAACCCCUGUUCCAGUUGGCUCGCCAGCAUUCUCACAGCUGCCACAAGGCCAACAGCAAUUUCAACAAUGGGCUCCACAUCCUCAAGCAGGUGUAUUUCCGGCGACACCUCAUGCACCCCAGUACAACAACCAACCUUUGAUGCCUAAGCAGGGUACAUUUUUCCCACACACCGACACUACUGGAAGACAAGUACCCUUUGCACCGCAGCACCAGGGUCCGGCAACUCCUGGUCAGUAUCCUCAUCCAGUGCAGACUCCAAUACAGAUGGAACCACAGACGACACCAUUAGCAACUCCAUCGUUCUCCGAUCCCAAGCAACCACGGCCGCACCGUCCGUCAAUGGAUACAGCUGGAUCGCUUACUCCUUGGAAGCGUACUCCGAAUCUUCACAUAAACAUUCCGGAUACCCCUGGAUCUCCGCCGCGACCUAAGCCUGAAGAUAUUAGUCCAAUUAGUGAAAGAGCGCCGUCUCCAAUCGAACUAGAGCUUCCUGCCAAGGAAGCGCCUCCGCAGAAGAAGCGUGGUCGUGGGAGAAAGCAAAGUGUACCCUCAGACACUGAAACAGCGACUGCAAGGGCCGAGAACUUGGCGGCUGUUGUUGAAACUAAACGUGCUGGGAGUAUUGCAUCUACCUGGAGCAGAGCACGGUCAGUAGCGUCUCGGGAUGAAGAAUCGGCUACUGAGUUGGCGACGGCUCAACGAAAGGUUAAGCAUGAGGCUCCGCCAACUCCCGCAGGAGUAUCGGAGGACGUCGAUGUGGAGACGAGGGCUGGCCCUCGACGCAGAGCAGUAGUUAGUGCUGCAGAAGAAGCGCAAGCCAAGACAAGGACAAAACGGAAGCGAGGCGCCAGUGAAACAUUGGAAAUUGAUACAAUUCAACCAAUGCCCUCUCGUAGUGUGUCGUCUCAGCUUGUAUACUGUACUCGCAACUUCACUCGAACAGGAGCACCCAUUAUGAAUGACGUUGCUGCUCAUAAACAUGCCUCUAUAUUCGCUAAACCGCUAACUGAGAGGGAAGCACCUGGUUAUAAAGACUUGAUAUAUCGACCACAAGACCUGAAAUCAAUCAGAUCAGCACUCAGUCAGGGAAACAGAGCUGUCGCUGCUGCCACGGAGGCUGCGGCUGCUGAGGGUGAAUCACCAUUACCUACAUCAGGCACACCAUCAAAGAAUACUGCAUGGCUCCCCAAGACCCCCGAUCUCAUCCCACCCAAGGCUAUAGUCAACUCCUCACAACUCGAAAAGGAAUUAAUCCGCAUGUUCGCCAAUGCCAUCAUGUUUAACCCCGCUCCCGAGGCCGAACGAGGGUUUGGUCCGUCCUUCCGUAUGGUCAAGCCUGGUGAAUCUACAGCUACUACAAGAUCGGCCUCUCAUCCGUGGGAUUUGGACGAAGGUGGUAUUAUCCGCGAUACGCGGGAGAUGUGUGAUGAUGUUGAGAAAGCUGUCACAAAGUGGCGAGCUGCAGAACGGACGACUACGACGGAUGAAACGAGCAAUAAGAGUAUGCUUUCUUUAAGAGGGAGUAGUGGUGAUAGUAAUGCGGAUGGUACGGAUGAUCAUAAAUAGUCCGUCCACGCAAACGUUUGCGAUGAUUAGCCUACGCACAAUAUCAAAUACGAAUCUCUAUUU